CGCAUUGCAUUGUGGGCAGACGGCCAUAUUAGUUUUCCACCCCGGAGUGAAAAUCUUCUGUUGUUGGGGUCAAGUUGUGCAGUUAAAUUUGGUACGAUGGCGGGUAACGUGGGGAUGGAACAACUCAUCCCCAUCGUCAACAAACUUCAAGAUGCAUUUACUCAGCUUGGGGUGCAUAUGCAACUGGAUCUUCCUCAAAUUGCUGUAGUGGGUGGGCAAAGUGCUGGCAAGAGUUCCGUGUUGGAAAAUUUCGUUGGCAGAGACUUCCUACCCCGAGGUUCUGGUAUUGUAACCAGAAGACCCCUGAUUCUUCAGUUGAUAAACAGUACCACAGAGUAUGCCGAGUUCCUGCACUGUAAGGGCAAGAAAUUCGUCGACUUUGAAGAGGUGCGGAAGGAGAUCGAGGCGGAGACGGAUCGAGUCACUGGUAGCAACAAGGGCAUCUCCAACAUCCCCAUCAACUUGAGGGUGUACUCUCCCAAUGUGUUGAACCUGACCCUAGUAGACCUCCCUGGCAUGACGAAGGUUCCCAUAGGCGACCAGCCGGCCGACAUAGAGCACCAGAUACGGGCCAUGAUCAUGCAGUUCAUUAAGCAAAACAACUGCCUGGUUCUGGCUGUCACGCCGGCAAACAGCGAUCUGGCCAACAGUGAUGCGCUCAAACUGGCCAAGGAAGUCGACAGUCCAGGGGUAAGAACCAUCGGUGUAAUCACCAAGCUGGAUCUGAUGGACGAGGGUACGGAUGCAAGAGAUAUCCUGGAGAACAAGUUGCUACCCCUGCGUCGAGGCUACAUCGGUGUCGUCAACCGUAGCCAGAAGGAUAUUGAAGGACGGAAAGAUAUCAAGGCUGCCCUGGCCGCUGAGCGCAAGUUCUUUCUUAGUCACCCAUCCUACAGACACUUGGCUGACCGCCUUGGUACUCCGUAUCUACAGAGAGUGUUGAACCAGCAACUGACCAACCACAUCCGUGACACUCUGCCUGGCCUUCGGGACAAACUACAGAAACAAUAUCUGGCGCUGGAGAAAGAUGUGGAACAAUUUAAGCAUUUCAGGCCUGAUGACCCUUCUAUCAAGACCAAGGCAAUGUUGCAGAUGAUCCAGCAGUUACAGUCUGACUUUGAACGGACGAUCGAGGGCUCCGGCUCGGCCCAGAUCAACACCAAUGAACUCUCAGGUGGUGCCAAGAUCAAUCGGCUCUUCCACGAGCGCUUUCCCUUUGAAAUCGUCAAAAUGGAGUUUGAUGAGAAAGAAUUAAGGAGAGAAAUUGCUUUUGCCAUUAGAAACAUACACGGUAUUCGAGUUGGACUGUUCACCCCAGACAUGGCUUUUGAAGCAAUUGUUAAAAAACAGAUCAAUAGACUAAAAGAGCCUUGCCUAAAGUGUGUGGAUCUAGUGGUUCUAGAAUUAUGUAACGUAGUUCGGAUAUGCACAGAAAGGAUGAACAGAUAUCCACGGCUGCGCGAAGAGACGGAACGUAUCAUCACAACGUACGUGCGGCAGCGUGAGCAGCUCUGUAAGGAGCAGCUGGUUAUGCUGGUGGACUGUGAGCUGGCUUACAUGAACACCAAUCAUGAGGACUUCAUCGGGUUUGCCAAGGGCGCCGACCAUUUCAGCCAAAAUAGUGCACAGCAGUCGUCCGAGAACACCAACAAGACGGGCCGCAAGCUGGGAAACCAGGUGAUACGCAAGGGCUGGAUGUGUAUCCACAACUUGGGGAUAAUGAAGGGAGGCUCUCGAGACUACUGGUUUGUCCUCACUUCCGAGAACAUCUCCUGGUUCAAAGAUGAAGAGGAGAGAGAGAAGAAGUACAUGCUGCCGCUGGAUGGGCUCAAGCUCCGAGACGUGGAGCAGGGCUUCAUGUCCAGGAGACACACCUUCGCUCUCUUCAACCCAGAGGGCCGGAACGUUUACAAGGACUACAAGCAGCUGGAGUUGAGCUGUGAGACACAGGAUGAGGUGGAUUCGUGGAAGGCUUCGUUUUUGAGAGCUGGAGUGUACCCAGAGAAAACCACAGACACGGCCAACGGGGAGGAGGGUGGCAGUGAAGGCACAUCAUCCAUGGACCCGAUGCUUGAGAGACAGGUCGAAACCAUCCGCAACCUGGUGGACUCCUACAUGAAGAUUGUCACCAAGACUACCAGGGAUCUGGUGCCCAAGACUAUAAUGUUCCUCAUCAUCAAUAAUGCCAAGGACUUCAUCAAUGGAGAACUGCUCGCUCAUCUUUAUGCUUCUGGGGAUCAGUCAUCAAUGAUGGAAGAAUCACCUGAAGAAGCACUCAAGAGGGAGGAGAUGCUGCGUAUGUAUCACGCCUGUAAGGAGGCUCUGCGUAUCAUUGGCGAUGUCUCCAUGGCAACAGUCAGCACGCCUGUGCCACCUCCUGUCAAGAACGACUGGCUAGCUUCUGGUCUGGACAAUCCAAGGUUAUCACCCCCAUCACCAGGUGGACCACGAAGAGGAAUGCCCAUGACGAUGGGAGGCCAGAUGGGAGGGAGUCGAGCUCCACCACCACCCCCCGCCACUGGCCGCCCCGCCCCCGCCAUCCCUUCCCGUCCUGGCCCCGCUCAGGGCCCACCCAUGCCCCCUGGCCGACCAGGUGGACAAGGCUUGCCGCCACCACUCAUACCCUCGAGAGGUGGAGGGGGAGGGAUGGGGAUGCCCAUGCCCCAGAUACCACAGCGGGUGCAGCAGGCCGCAAUGCAAGCCGCUACACAAGCUGCAGUCAACGAGUUAACCAACGCGUUCGCAAGCCGCUUCAAGUAGGCACAUGUUACCAUACGUUACGUUACAGUGUGUUUGUGCUGUGCGCUGUACCGAGCUUGAGCUAACCCCCGGACUAACCAAUGGCUGAGCCACUGUUGACAUAAAACUGCUAAAGUUACAACCACUCAAUAAUAUAAUAUUAAUCACCUGUGAUUGCAUAGUAUUAAUUCUCUUUUACAGACUGUUUUCAAGAUUUCUUUCACUUUAUGCAACAUUUGAAUAAAGACAAUUAACGAGUUUAUUUAUUGUUGUUAAAACAAUUUCAUAUAUACGUUAAUCUUUUAAAAGAUUUGAUUGGUCUUGCUUAUAAAUAUUGUUAAUGUUAUUUAUUUCACUGAUUGUUUGUUGCAAAUUGUUGCUUUUAUGUCAUUUGUUGCUAUUUAUGUUUGUGAUUUUGUUCUUUAAAAUGUUCUUGAUACGAAUAUUCUUAGUUAAAUACAAAUUCUUUACUGCUUUAAUAUAAAUGAAUUAAAUUUUUUUAUAUAUAUUUUUAGCAUUUACUCAAAAUACAUGGCACUAGUCCGGACCAACAUAUCACCUAUGUGAUCACAGACGCAGCAAACACAAACAGGUCAACCAUACAAUAAUAAUGUAACAAACUAAUUUAGUGAAAAACAAAACAAGAUCUUUCUGAUUGGCCAAAAAAAGGAAACAAUUCGAUAAUAAAUGUGUGUAAACAAAUACAUGGUAUUGCUCAUUAUUAUAAACGGUAAAAUAUAAGAUCCAAAGAAACAUAUGUUUGAAGUAAAUUUAAAUGUAGUAAAUAUUGUAAUAUAAAAUACUAUUCAUAUAUUUUAAACGAAUAGUAAAAUAAAACUUAACCCACCUUCUUAAGAGCUACAAAUUAUAUGUAACAAUAUUAUAAUAUUGUUGCAAUAUUUAUUUUAUUUGUUAUUUAAAAGCCGGAUGUUCUUUUUGGACUGAAUAGUUUACAGUACAAUAUAAUCUUGCUAAUGGAUAUAUCUUUUAAAGUAAUCCUAUUUCGAGCUAGUCCAGUGAUAAUCAUUAAUAUUCUAAAUGUCAAAAGUGUAAUUAAUUUAUCAAAAUUAAGUUUCAUGUUCAUAUUACAAAAGGGCAUGUUUUAAAUUGUGUAUUGAAUGUCCAAAUUUAGUUAUUAUAUGAGCCAAUUACUGAGGCUUUAAUUUUGGGGAUCAGGAAAAUGAGUUUCUAUGAAGUAAUAUUUUUCAUUGAAAGAGAUAACUGUAAUGUAUAAAAUAAUUGAAAAGCUUGGCUGUAGAAGGUGGCUUAAUGUCUUGAGGUGACGGUUUUUCUCUUGGAGUUUGGCUUCUGUGUUAACAAAUUAAUUAAUUAUAUGAUAUGUGUUGAGUUUCGAAUACCUUGUUAAAAAGAGAUAUAAUAUGUUUUUGAAAUUGGGAGCAAACCUGAACUGAAAACGUAACACCAUUUUUUCUGAGGUUAACGUUGAACCCAAACUUCCGGAGUAAAACGUACACUUACAACAUGUAUAAUUUUAUAUUUGUACAUAUUUUGAGUUCAGCGUAAUGUUAUUUUUGUUAGCCAAUGGUACACAGUUUUACGGUUAUAUAAUUUAGUGAUUGUAUUUUUCUAUAUAUUGUAAGAAUUGCUUGUACCAGUUCUGUACAGUUGUAUAUACGCCCUCAGGCAGGCUUCCAGUUCUGAGUGUAGCCUUCAAGUAUUAGUAGUGGCAAUCUUCUGUUGUUCAUUUGCAGCCGUAUUAAGUCCUCGAGUUUGGUGUUCAAUUGAAUUAAUUAGCCUGGUUAGUUUGCAAAAGUAUAAACUGUUUUAGUAUUUUUUGUUGUCGAUAACUAAUUUAGAAAAAUACUAGCAUAUAAAUAAUAAGAGAAAGAAAGUAAUGUGUUAUGACAUUCUUGUAGGUUUUAGGUUAUUUCAUUAUAAAUCCUCAUAAGUGUAGAGAGACCUUUAGCGUUUAAUGUGUUUUUGUUCGUUGCGUAAAAUAUAUCCAGUAGAAAUCUGAGUUGAAGGUCAAUUCGCGCGAAUGUGUACCAAAGUUUUUGAUCUCUAUCGCACUAUAGUCUUUUGUUCUACAGGAUCGUGUCUUGCCUUAGUUUGAGAUGUGAUAAUACAAACACACCAGAGUUCAGUAGCUUAGUGUGUUGGGUUACAAAAUAUUAACGCAUUCCUAAUUCGGUUUUCCCUUGAAUAGGUAACGAUUUAUAUUCAUAACCGAUAUUGUGACAUAGAUAUAUUAUAAGUAACAAAGUCAUAGUCAUUCUCGAUCGUAGUGUGGAGUUAUUUUCAUAAAAACGUUUCGGGUAACACUGCGAGCACAGUGUAGAAAGGCAAGGGAGACGGGACAACGAGGUCUCGUCAGGUCGCACGACUCUGUCGUCAUCAGUUACAGUGCCUUCUCAGACAGUGUAAAAAAUCUAUUUUAUUUUCUAAUGCACCGAAAAAUUAUUUUUAACUAGGAAACGUAAAAUUGUUAAGUACUUGGGAUGAUCAAUAACGAAUGACUGUGACUUUCCUAUAACUCUCUACUACAAUAAUCCUGUGACUAGUGGUUUAGUAGGCCUACAGUAUAAUUAUGGUGUACUAUAGUAUUGAUGUUGACUAUUGUGUAAGUUUGAUCUAUUGCGAUCUCUCUGCAUCUAGCAAUAGGUUGGUGAUCAGUAUUCACAGCUCUACUCUUAGUGCUUAACUCGUCAACUACGGUAGUUCGUGUGCUGACUCGGGCCCUCAAUAAUCUUCCUUUCUUUAACUCUUUGUCUUUUAAGAGUUAUUCAAUUUUAUUUUUGUAUUUCAUUGAGAAGUUUCUACAAUUUUUACAGAUGUAUUCACUCUUGAGGCAUUGUAUCAAACAAAAGAUUGUUUCUCUGUUAUAACGUUUUAUCUGCCUAAACAUGCUAACAAACAACUUUAAGAAAUGAAAGUUUGUCUAAAUUUAGCAUUUAGGAGAGUUCCAAAAUCUCUUUAACAAUUUUAUAUUCCUUAUAAAGCCAUCAAAACUCAUUUAACCAAGAAUAUUUUGUCAUAAACAAAUUCAAUAUUGAAAUAGAUUGUAGUUUAUAUGAUUCAAAUAAAUUGUUUGUCAUCACGUUAUCUAAUGGACCUUUGAAGACGACAUGGUUACAUGUACAGUGUGUUUCCCAUUUAAAUAUAUUUUGGUUUUUAGUAUUGAAAAUAUUUAGUAACAAGCAAUGAAAUAAAAAAUAGUAAUUGUUGUUUUUUUAUUUUAAUUCUGUUAAGACUAUUAUACCCUUAGAAAAUUGGUUAUGAUAUUGAAAAAUGACAGUAAUUUUGGUUUAUGUUGCAUAUUUUACAAAGUAAAUACAAUUUUUAUAUAACCAUAGUUCUAGGUAUAUUCAAUUUAUAAUUUAUGGAAAAAGAUGUUUUAUGUGAAGUUUGCAUUAACAUGUUAUCAAUAGGAAAUGCAUUGAAUAAUAUUUUUCAGGCAGGUAGACAUGUAGAUAAUAACAUCCUGGGUAACAUAAAAUUGGGUAUUGUUAUAUAAUUUUGUAAAAUAAAAUUAAGUUAUAUAAACAUAAAACAAAUUUAGGAUUUUUCAAUUCUUAUUUAUUUGGAACAAGAAAGUAUUAAAUUUUUUCUAAAUAUUUCUCUAACUGUUCAAUGAUUUUAAAAAAUUUUCAUUUAUAUCCACAAGACAUUCUUUAAUUGUGUAAUUUUUUACAUUUAAAUUUACUAAGAAUAUUGUGCUUCAAACCAUGAACUUUUAUCUUGUCUCUUUAUAACAUAUAUAGAAAUUGAGGUGUUUACAUUAUAAACAUCACAAACUA